CCCGCACACAUCGAAGCCACCUCCCCCUCUCCGCCAAGCAGCGACAUGGACAGCAUCAAGAUCGGCCACCGUGUGGAGGAGGCUAUGACCGGCGCUCAGCACUCGGUGCAGCAAACCGGCGACCAGAUCAAGGAGGCCACCAUGGGCGGCCAGCACGGCACCGAGUCGGCGGCCACCAAGGCCCAGCACUCCGUCAAGGAGGCCACCCAGUCGACCGGCCACUGCGCGGACGAGACUGCCGAGAAGGCCAAGCCCCACUCACCCGACCUGUACUCUCUGUGGUCUGCCAUCCUGUCCGCCACUGCAGCACGGAAUGGGUAUUCACGGCUAAGCGGCGCAGCCGGUCGCGCUGUGUGGCGGCGGCGGCGGCGGCGGCAGCAGCCAUGAGCCCUGCAGGGUAGCAGUAACAGCAGCAGCAGUAGCGGCGGAGUGGAAUGAGGUGGUGAGCAGCCUUAAGCGCAACGUCGUACGUGAGACUGCGUGAUGGCGGACUUAUCAGACGGCAGGCGGUGGUGAGUGAUGGUCGUGUGGUUGAUAAGGUGCAACUUAGCUAAGUUCGUGUUUUAUUUUGGGAUUGGUAGUUGUCGGUGCCGUGUGUGAAAGCCUGGGGUAGGAGUGGUCGUUGCAGGGCGGCUGUGGCUAUGGCUGUGUUGUGCUAGUGGGCACUAAAAUGGGUUGCUGAUGAGGACUAAGUGUGAGCAGGCCAGUGCAACUGACGCCAACACCCUUGCCUCGCCAGACUCGGCCGCACGCUCGAUGCGCAUCAUGCCUUGCAUGAGUUGUAACAAUAUCAAGCA